AUGGUCCGCAAGCGGUCGCGAUCAUUGGCCUCUGAGUUAAUGAAGCACGAUGAACUAAACCCAGUCUCGCUCAUGGGGUUCUACCGGCGCUAUGGACGUCACAUUCUUCGUGGUUUGGCAAUUGUCUAUUUGGCCUUCCCGGCAGUAUUCUUCUAUUCGUUACGCUUCAGACAGAUCAUGAUUUUCGGAGCCUUUUUGACUUGGCCCUUCCACGAUUACACAAAACCAAACGAAUAUGGCCUGCCCCACUCGAAGAAUUUCUACGUGAACAGCGUGGGGGACAUCCGACUGGGAGUGUGGUAUAUACCCCCCAAAGGGAUCUGGGAGAAGUUAUCGUCACAGAACAGCGGUCGAGAACCUCAACCUUGGAUGCUGGACGACAAUCGGCCCGUGAUCAUUUACUACCAUGGACACGGCCAGUGUCGGGCUUGUGAUUAUAGAGUCGGUCUCUAUAAAACUCUCACUCAGAGCGAGGAACUCGACGCUCACUUGUUCACUUUCGACUACCGAGGUUUCGGCGAUUCCACUCAGGUUCUGCCAGACCGGGAAGGAUUGCUUCAUGAUUCGACUGUGAUGUUCGAUUACGUCCGGAAACUGAUCAAAAAGAACGAUUCCCGCAUAUUGGUGUGGGGUCACUCCCUGGGCACUGGAGUGGCAGUUCAGCUGAUUGAAGCCUUCACGGAAUUACACCGAAGUCCGAUGGGCGUGGUGCUCGAAGCGCCUUUCAACUCGCUCAGUGAAGCUGCUUCCAAAUGGCCGAUCUCCAUGCCUUACCGUGCGCUUCCGUUUAUGCAGAAAGUGGUGGAAAGCGUCACGAAUAAGCUCAGAGACGACGAUGAAACCUUCUAUGAGACCGAGCAGCUCGCCCCUUCUGUCAAUGUUCCAUUGUUGAUGAUCCAUUCUACGGAUGAUGCUCUGGUGCCCUAUGAGCUCGGUCAGAAACUGCUCAGGACCCUGCGAGUCCUUGCCAAGGGUCCCAUACACUUCUAUCAAGCGGACGACUCGUACAGUCUUGGACACCGUUAUAUCUUCAGAGACCCUAAGGUCAAAGAAGUGGUCGCUGACUUCAUUCGGCGCUACGGUAACGUCAGUAUGCCCGCCCCGAAAGAGUCUGCUGGUCGCCUUGAAGAGUCCUCAGCAAGCGGAAUGCGAGACGCGGAACCCUCCGCGAACAUCGAAGAUGGAGCAGAUUCAGCAACAGUUGGCGAUGAAGGUUUUGAAACGAGCGAAGGGGCUCCGGGGAAAAGCAUCGAAAGUCACGAUAUACCCGGAGACGAAUUGUGA